AUGGCAUCGUCUCACAAUAAUCUGGAAGCAAGCCUCAUGUGCUCUAUUUGUAUUGAAAUCUUUAAGGAUCCAGUGAUACUGCCCUGUAGUCACAGUUUCUGCAAGGACUGUCUCGAGAAAAGCUGGAGUGAGAAGCUGAGGAAGGACUGUCCACUGUGCAGACACACUACAAAACGCUCUGCACGUAACAAUCUGACUCUUAAGAGUGUGUGUGAGUCUUUCCUUGAGGAGAAGAGAUGCAGGAUUUCAGCACAAAAUCAAGGUGUGAUCUGUGCUGUCCAUGAUUUGAAACAUGAGCUCUUCUGCACAGAUGACCAGAAGCUGGUGUGUUUGAAAUGUGUGUCUGAGGACCAUAAAGAACACAACUUCUGCUCCAUCACCAAAGCAGCUGAGGAACACAAGAAUAGACUUCAAAAACCUCUGCAGGAGCUUGAGGGCAAGCUGCAAAACUUGGUUUCCAAAAAGUCCACUUUUAACACCUCAGCUACAAAACUCCAGUCUCAGGGUCAAAAGACAGAGACGCACAUAAAGGAGGAGUUUAAGAAGCUUCAUCAGUUCCUCAGAGAAGAAGAGGAGGCUCGAUUAUCUGCACUGAGAGUUGAACAGAAAAAGAAGAGUGAGAAGAUUACAGAGAAGAUUGCAGAAGUUGAAGGAUUGCAUACUUCUUUAUCUGAACGAAUAAAAAAUAUUAAGGAUGACCUCGGGCAUGAUGAGAGUCUUUUCUUACAUAAAUUCAGUGAAACAGAGGAAAGAGUUAACUUCACGGUACCAGAUCUAAAGCUUGAUUCAGGGUCUGUGAUCGAUGUGGCUAAACACAUGGGGAACCUGAGAUACCAAGUGUGGGAGAAGAUGAAGCACGUCUGUCCUAACUAUCCAGUAAUUCUGGACCCAAAUACCACAACAUCUAACCUUGAGGUAUCUCCAGAUUUGACAAGUGUUCUAUGUUUAAUCCCAUUUUUAUCGAACUCUACAGCAACAACAUGCCUCACCUACAUCCUGGGCUCAGAAGGCUUCAGUUCAGGAGUGCACACCUGGCAGGUGGAUGUGGAAGCCUGUGAUCAUUGGACUCUGGGAGUUGUUACUGAAUCUGCAAAAAGACUGAAAAAAAUAUCCAGCAGUAAUUUCCUCAUAUAUUAUAUUAAUGGUAAAUGUUCUUGGACCCCAGUAGCACUCAAAAUUAAGAAAGUAUGUAUUUUUCUCGACGUGGUGAAAAAGCAGGUGGUUUUCAGUGAUCCAGACACAAAUGUUACAAUGAAAUCAUACAGUUGUGAAUUUACUGAGAAAAUGUACCCUUGCUUUUUACCAAUCAGCAAAUCCCCAAUGAAGAUCUUACCAUCUGUGUAA